CCAAAAUUUCUGCAAUUGUCUCUCCUCCGCCGCUAAGCUUCUUCCUUGUCUAUAUUCUUAAUUUACAGUUGUUUCGUGGGUAGGGCAAUUUCAACCCAACAAAUAAAGUUUGGUAUUCUUUUGUUUAUUUCAUUUGAACCCUAAUUGGUGCCGCCGUUAACCUUCAUUUCUACUCCGCCGCAAAGCUAGACUUCCUUGUCUUUGUUCUUAAUUUAUAGGUGUUUCAUGGGUAGGGCGAUUUCAAUACUCAAUGAGCCUUAAUCGGCGGUUCGCUUCGGUGCCGGUCCACCAUUCAUACCUCUAAUCCAAAGCUCCCAACACAAAGUUUAGCUUUCCAGAAGCAGCCCCUUUUACAGCCAUCUUGAAAUUCAGAGUCCCUCCCCAAAAUCAUCAAUGGCCUAGCGGGGCUGCUCGGCUGCAUUAAAUUAGAUUUUGGUGUCUGCAAUCUUGGCGCCUCUUUGCUUUGUGCUAUUUUCAGGCCUAAUAGUCUUGCGCAUUUCCUUGAAAAUCCUCAGAAAUUAUCUCAAUAGGAGAGAUGACUACGACUGGUACGAGAAAUUUUAAGGAAAAACGGAUUUCAAAGAGGCGGCGACUGAGUAGACAUGGGCCCAAUUGGUCGGAUCUCCCCCUCGACAUCCUUGAACGUAUAAUUGGACGUUUGCGUUGGGUAGAUCGAAGCCGGAUACGAGCAGUUUGCAAGGCUUGGUCAGUCCCAAACACUUGUAUUCCUGCUAUUGGUGAACUCCCCUGGGCAAUGAAAUUUUGUUGGCGUUAUGCCUCUUUGUAUCUAAUACAAGGUGAGUGCCGGCUGCUGGACCCUCUUUCCAGAGAGUACCUUGUCGAAGAAAGGAGCAGAGGACUAGAGUAUCUACUUUUCCUUGAUGCACGACCUUGUGCUUCUUUAUAUGGGUGGGUUCUUUUCAAAGUGUACGACUUUAUUGAAGAAAAAAAAGAGUCCCUCUUUUUGUACUCUCCGUUAACAACUGAGGUAAUUAGGCUUCCGUAUUUAGGGGGACCUCCCACAUUUCAGGUGGCGGCGUUUUCCUUGAAUGCAACAUCCCCAAAAUAUACCAUCUUUCUUUUGUGGAGUGAAAAUGGAAAAAUUUGUAUUAAGUUAUGUUCUGCCGGUGAUUGUUCAUGGAAGACUUUUGAGUUUGAUGGUUUUGAUCGGUUUAAUCGUGCUAAUGAUGCUGCCUACACCAACGGAGUUUUCUAUUGUGUUUUUAGAGGAGGACAAUUGGGUGCCUUCAAUGUUGAACUUAAAGGGUGGACUAUUCUGGUUGAUCAUUGUCCACUCGUUGAUCAUUGUCCACUCUCACGAAGUAGUGUGCAUUAUGCUAAACUCAUUGUGUCUGGUGCAGAUCUGCAACUGUUGUCUGAUAGCUCAUCUUUGGAACUCCUUAAGCUUGAUUUUGCAACGAUGAAUUGGGUUUAUGAAAAUGAUUUGAAUAACCGGGUGUUGUUUAUCGGGUGCACUUCUUUCUCUGUUCCAGCAGUGGGGGAAGCAAAUGUAUUGGCAAAUACCAUAUUCGCUUCUGGUACUUUGAUGCACCCCAAAGUUAGAUUUUAUGGCAGCACAUCUCCAAGGCAGUCGAGACUCUACCGUAAGUGUGUUGAGGCAGCAAAGUGCGACAGGAUUUGGAUUGAUCUUCCGUUGGGUGGUAUUUGGAGAGCCGAUGAUUUGAUUCAUGCUGUCUAG